GUAACGCAUAACGUGUUUACAGUUUCACCAAAAGCAUCUCGCCCGCACACGAGUGAUUCGCGUGUUUACGUGUUGUUUGUCCCUUCGCGACAAAAAUCCGAGGGCAAAUGAAUUUGAACUCUUUCCCAAACGAGGUGCUGUGCUGUAUUUUUGAUUACCUACCAUGGAAAGAUCGGCAGCGUGUUUCGUUGGUGUGCAGCAGAUGGAACGGCAUUAUCAAUUCAGUUCACUAUCUACGCCGCCAGAAACUUGUGCUGUACAACUACGGCAAGGCGAAGUUUUUCUCCGGCGUUGGGGUGCAGCUGCUGUGUCGUCAAAAAAGCAUCGAAUUUUACUCGAACGCCAUGCUCGACACCGAAGAGCUGCUUGACACUAUCAUGAAAUCGUUCAGCACCGGUUAUGCGAUGGUUCAGUCAUUGUCAUUGUUUCUACGCUCGGAGCACAAGCUAGCGUUCGGGUUGGUGGUGGCCAACAUUCCCAAUUUGCUGCACCUGACCGAGCUAAAGAUAUCCGCCAACGAAGCCCUUACGAACGGUGUUCACAUCGACAGUGCUUGCCUUGAGAAGAUCAAUAUUUCGUUCUAUCAAAACUCACUCUGCCGGCUCAAUACGCCACGAUUGCACACGUUACACCUGACGGUGCGGUAUCGCAGCGAAAUGGACCUCUUAAGUACGGUGUCUUCACAGCUAAUCGAGCUUAAGGUGUCGUUCAUCUCCAAGGACCAUGUGGCGCAGCUGUUCAGUUGCGAUUUUAGUUCACUGAAGGUGUUGAACAUUUUGCUGGAAAACGACAAAUACAUAUCGUAUAGUGUGUCGCCGGUACUUCUGCGACCGUUGGAUAAGACUGGGGUUUUUGCUAACACCAUCGCUGGGCUGGAAACGCUACAGAUCGUCGACGUUUGUAAGAUAUUCGACAUCGAAUUCCUGCAGAUGUUUUCGUACGCCAAAUCUCUUAAAGCUCUCACUAUCAACUACUUCAAGCUGAUCAGUGAAGUGAGCGAAUUUCUGAAUGGAUUUAAGGGACUUACUUAUCUAAAUCUAGAGGGAUGCCAAAGAAUGGAUGCAUCGAAAAAGCUGGAAUUACCCGCGCUACAGACACUAGUUAUGCCUUACAAACAGCUCUCAUUGUUUAGCGGAACACCGAUGGACAUGCUUACCACGCUGUACUACAGCAACACGGCCAAGGACCAAACAAGCUUCAUCAAGCAAAUCGCACACGCUUUUACGAAUCUCACUUUCCUCUGCUUGCAACACUUUGACAACGAGCUCGUUUCGAACGCGUUUCUGCAUCUGAAUUUGUUGACGAAACUACGGGUGUUAGUCAUAGAGAAGAUGUCGGUAUCAAGCCACAUAUUUGUCAACUGUCCUACGGUGCCCCAGCUGGAACGGCUGGUAACGGAUACGAUCGUGACGGAAGUUUCCAUACUGGAUGUAAUACCGGCCCGUUUUCCAUCGUUGCAAACGUUCGUCAUCAGCAACUGUUUCCUGUACCUGAUCCCUAAGGAUAGUGCCAAAUGUUACAUGACGUUUGACGAAUUGCGCCGCCAGAUGCCCUGCUGCCGCAUAUCGACAAAAGAUUCGACGAUUUUUACCAAUCACGCUAAGCAAAGCUGAAAGCGAAGGGGUGCAAUGCUAGGUCAUAAGGAACGAAUGUAGAAAAAAAGUAAACCUAUUCCGAUCCGUAAUAGGAGAAGUGAUAUUAACAGUAAACGAACGCCAUGUGGGUUGUAUAUAAUAAUAGCACACCGGGUAGUGUGUAAUUUUUUGCAAUAUAUCUUUGUCACACAUUAUAUAGUGUACUGGAAAAAAGACAAUAGUUUGUUGUUUAAAUUGAAACAUUUUUUUUUAAAUUAUUGUAUGUUAAAUAAAGCAAAACUAUUAAA